AUGCCUGAAAAGAAUCCUACUUUUGCAAAAUUAAAAAGAUAUACUGAUCCUCGUGCUUUAAUUAGAAGUCAAAUUAAAGAAAAUAAUAUUAAUUUAAUUGAUGAAAAAAUAUUUAGAAAUAAUGAUACUUAUCUUUUUUUUGUUACACCACAUCAAACAAUUGAUUAUACAAGUUGUAUUGAAUAUAGAUACAGUUUAAUUGGUUUAAGAUCAAGACUUGGAGUUUAUUUUUGUGAUCGAUCAGAAGGAGGAAUGUGUAUUAUGAAAUUACAUAAAAAUACUAAUGGUACAACUAUGUGUGAACAAUUACGUCCAUGGUACCAUAAAAAGAUUCCCUUUACUGUUCAUUUUCAUUUUGAAAGAAGACCACGUGUUUUUAGAAAUGAAUUUAAAAUGAAAAGAUAUUUAAAAAGAAUAAAACGUAAUCCAUCUUUAUUGGCAAAACCUGUUGGAAAAGUUCAACUAUUUGGUUAUCAAAGAUGUUCUGAAAAUUGUACAAAUACUCCACCAUCAAUAGAUAAAAUAGAUUAG